CCACCUCCAUGUUGCGCACUGGCCGAGCACGCUCAGUCGGCAGAAUGGCGUCGCUCUUCUCGCUGCCGCUGCUGCUCGCCGCCGUCGCUCAGCUGCCGGUCGCCCUGGUGACACAAGAUGGUCGCCAUGGCAACAGGGGUGAUGUUUCCCCUCACCUGCUUGCGUUGGCUUAGCCGCAAACAUGACGUCAUCGAGAAUGGUGACAUCGCCAUGGCAACCGGAGAACACGAAGCCCUGUGAUUGGUUGGCACUCUGGGAAAAAAACAAACCUCUUUAAAGCCGACGCAUCUUCAAGUCAAUUUGUUGCCAUGUGUGCUCCCGCAGGUCUUGGUGGGCGUGGCUUGGACCUCCCAGGAGGCGGAGUCCGACGUCAGAACCUACUGGCCUACGAUGGCGAGGGCGCGCCCUACGCCGCCUGGCUGAGGGAUGAGGGCUGGAGUGGGCGGAGCUUGGAGCAGGCCCUCCAGCGGUUGGUGGCAAAAGACCAGAGGCGGGAGCAAGAGGAACAGCGAGCAGCCUACGCCCGCGCUGUGCUCCGCCUCCUCGCCGAGGUGGCGGGAGACGACGUUCUGCUGGAGGAGGACGGAGCACGUGGAGACUUUCGGAGUCGGGCCCCCGCCGACUAUGAGGAGACGGGGCGUGGCCUGAGCAUGGGCAGGCCCCCGGCGCCCUGGUGGACGCUGGUGGCACCGCAGCUGCUUGAGGCCCUGAUGGACAGGGUGGAGACGCAGGUGGGCGGGGCCAGACACGAGCGACUCCAACGAGACGAGGACGAGGACGAAGACGUGAGACGUAUGCUCGCCAGCCUCCUGUCCGUCGUAGGCCCUGACUCCGCCCCCUCCGGCCGCCGAGUCCGACGCCACGUCGAAAACACGGGCUCCGCCCACAGGAGAAGCCGGCGGUCCCUGGACGACGCCUCCUCUCCGUCACCUAGCGACCAGCCGCCGCUGCUCAGAGUGAAGCGGCUGGAUGAGGAGGAGGCGGGGCUACGACGAGUGAUACGCCGCCGAGCCCUGAGCUCCGCCCCCCAGGUGAUGCUGGGUUACAUGAGGAAGUAGGAGUCGAGGAAAGGAAAUGAUGUACAUUUGUGUUGUGUAUGUGUGCGACUAAUAAAGUUGAAAAUGUG